GAACCACCUGGCCGAGAGAUCGAUGUUGUCAAGGGCGACUGAGAUUCAGAUCUAGCACCAGCAGAGUUUUACUUCAAGCCCGUCAAAAUGAACGUUCAGAAGCAACCCGUCAAGCUCGCUAAGGUCACCAGGGUCCUCGGUCGUACCGGUUCCCGAGGAGGUAUCACUCAGGUCCGAGUCGAGUUCAUGGACGACAGCUCGCGAUCCAUUGUCCGAAACGUCAAGGGACCCGUCAAGGUUGAUGACAUCUUGGCUCUUUUGGAGUCCGAGAGGGAGGCUCGUCGUCUCCGUUAAGAACUUUCCCUUCAUUAGUCGACAUCACCUCACAUCUCGAGCAAUGCAAUAUCGGACAAAUGUACAACGGAUACGAGUCGCUUGAGGGCUCGCCGGGCUGCAGGAAUUCGAGGGAU